CUUGCAGUUCUUACUUUCUCAAAAUUGGUAGCAUUUCUGUCGCUACUUUGAAGAAUCCUUUGACUUGCAGCUCACGCCUCUGGCCAGAACUGAAGACCUUGCUUCUGUCCCAGAAUUAUUGUGUUGCUUGGGUCCCCCUAGAGCCUCGUUUGCAACAUGCUUGUCAAGGCGAUACCUCGCUAGGUAACUUCAGGAUAACCAGCGCCUAACAAUAUGGCCGACCAUGAAGUUUAUAUUGGGCAACGCCGCAGCUACGGGGGCGCACUAUGCACUGUGCGGUAUCGUGGUCCUCUUUCCAAUACGAAAGGCGAAUGGCUGGGGAUCGAAUGGGACGACCCUAGCCGUGGGAAACACAACGGGCAACACGAGGGUCAACAGAUUUUUCAAUGUCUGUCGCCCUCCCCAACAGCUGCCUCUUUCUUGAGGCCUUCCCGCAAUCCAGACCCAGAACGGGCGCUUCUCGAGGCAAUCAAGUUCAAGUAUGCACCCGUCAACAAUUUAAGGGCCAAUGCCGCCUCUGCCCGUGAGGUGGACGACAUGAUUGAGAUAUCAGGAAAGGUGGUGGAAGAAGUUGGCUUUGAACGAAUUCAGAAGCAAUUAUCAGUCCUGGCCGAUCUCAAGAUUGUCCUCGUCGACGAGUUAGUGGUUUCAGGCAUCGCCAGACAUGGCUCUUCGACUCAGCACAUUCGCAAUGCGCAGCUCGAACUUGAACGCACGUGUCCAAACAUUGUUGAACUAGACCUGGGUUGGAACAUCAUCGAAACCUGGCAAGACAUUGUGGACAUGUGCGUGCCGUUUCGGAAAUUGAAGAUCUUGAAAGCGGGCGGACUGCGCUUGAGGGACUUUGAAGCCGACUAUUCGCAGGAACCUCAUCCUUUUGAGAACGUCGAGGAGUUGCAUCUCAACGAGUGUCUUCUCACUUCAAGACAGAUCAUCGACAUUCUCUUUCCGAAAGGACAAUGUGCCUUUCCUUCCUUGAAGACGUUAUCGCUCUCCCUGAACGAGCUGGACUCCUUUGAGAUAAACGGCACGACGGGGGUUGGCCAAUGUCCGGAUUUGACCACGUUGAUACUCGACAAUAACCGAUUUGCAGACCUAUCUUCUUUACCCGUCCUCUUGACUUUGUUUCCAUGCCUCAAGACACUGUCGUUCCAGGGAAACACAAUAUCUGAUCUAGGCCUUGACACUUCUGGCGCCCCUAGACCUUCCAGCAUCCCCAACCUCGAAACCCUGAAUCUGGCCAACAACAAGAUCCGAGAUUACUCGUUUGUCAACAGUCUUCCAAGCCUAUUCCCUAGCCUCAUUUCGCUGCGUAUUUCACGGAAUCCAUUGUACGAACCAACCAAAUCCUCAGACGAGUCACCGGCGCCUUCUUCUGGCCCUCGGCACCAGCAACAGGCUCAGAGCACAACAUCGGACUCUACUUCGUACUACCUGACGCUGGCGCGGAUCCCCAAUCUCAAAUCCCUGAACUAUACGACUAUCACGCCGCGGGACAGAGAAGAAGGCGAGAUCUAUUACCUCUCGAUCGCGGAGAAGGAACUGCGACCCCUGCUCCAGCGAAGCACGGGUAAGCGGCCGCCAGACCAAGUGUCUGAAACGUCACCACGUCUCUCGCCUCAAGAGACGGUCGAGCUGGCCCGGAAAGCCCACCCCCUCUACUCCCGGCUCUGCGAACAGUACGACCGCGAGGACAUUCUCCUCCGGUACCUCCAACCGCAGUCGUCGGCGAAACCGCCCUCUUCAGACUUAUCCCAGGACAAGUCCGACUUCGACGCCUACGCUCCCGGCACGCUCGGCUCCCGCCUCGUGGACGCCCACUUCUACAUCCCUCCCGCUCGCGCGUCUGCCGCGACGCCCGAGCCAUUCCACCGCUUCCUCCCGACGACCAUCUCCGUGUACCGCCUGAAAUCUCUGCUGGCGCGGCACUUCGGCCUCCCACCGCUGCAGUUCAGGCUGGUCUACGAGUCGCAUGAAUAUGACCCCGUCGAGCCGAUCACCAGCACCAGGAACCCGGCUGCGGGCACGGGCGAUGGCAAAAACGCGUGGGAGGCGUGGGGCAACUGGGACGUCGACGGGGACGAGAGCGUAGAUGAUGGCAGUGAUGGUAGCGUCAGCGCUAGCAAUGGCGAUGGCGAUGGCGAUGGCGAUGGCGAUGGCGAUGGCGAUGGCGAUGGCGAAGGCGAAGGCGAUGGCGAAGGCGAUGGUGGCGAGCAAGAACCGGGCCAGGGGAACCAUCCCCGCCACCUGUCGUCCGCUGCAGUCGACCACGGACACCUGCUGGACGACCGAGAGGCCCAAUCCACGACGGCUUCCAUGCCGAUGUACAUCACGCGCCAGGGCAACCGGUUCAAGAAGCGCGAGACCGAGAUCCUCGACGGGAUGCGCCCGUGGGGGGAUUUUCUAGACCUUGAUGACGGUCACGGCCACGGCCACGGCCACGGUCAUGGUCACGGUUUGCAGCUGGGAGGGACCCAUGCCGACCACUGGAGCAGGACGAGGAAGGUAGAGGUCCGUGUUGAACCGCAUGGGACGGUAGAAACCAAUUGAUCACAAUGUGUCUGGGACAGAGAGAGCUCCCGAUGCUUUUUGCAGAAUUACUUUUUUUCCUUUUGGUACAGUAGAGUAGAUAGACGGUGCUUGCUUGGAGAGACC